AUGAUGGAAUAUGAAUUGAGUGGAUAUAGAUCUGAAUAUAAAACUACUAUAAUAAAUAAGAAACGUAAUUUAGAAAAUUUACAAAGAUCAAUAGAAGCACAUAAAAAACGUCUUGCAAUAGCAAGACUUAAAAAAUUAUCAACAAAUUCUAAUAGUAAUACUAAUAGUAAUUAUGGGAAAUAUAAUCUAAAUGUCAGUUUAAAGAAUACUAAUGGUAGUUUAAAGAAUGAAAAUAGUAGUUUUAAUAGUCCUAAUUGCAGUUUAAAGAAUCUAAAUGGUAGUUUUAAGGAUGAAAAUAUGAAUAUAAAUAAUGAAAUGUUAGAAGAAAAGAUUGUACAAGUUCUUACAAAAUUACUUAAAUAUGAUCAAAAUAACAAUAUACACUCAAAAGAGAAUAUGAGUGAUAUAUUAGUGAAAUGUAUAUCAACAGCAAUGAAUUCAGCAACAGGUGAUACAUCAGAUAUUACUAGUUCACGUACUAAUGUUAAUUUAUCAAUAAAUCUUAAUAUUCCAAAUUCUAAUAUGAAUAAUGAUACACUUGAUAAUCAAAUUAUAAAUACUACUACUAGAAAUACUGUAAACAGUACUACUAGAAAUGAUGUUAAGAGUAUUGUAAAUGAUGAGAAUGAAAAUGAUGUGGUAAUGAUAGAAAAUGUUUUUUCACAAAAUACGAAAAUUAUAAAACCAAAUACUUUUAUUAAUUUUUAUAAUAAAUUUAAAAAUGUUUUCAAAAAUAAUACUACUAACACUGAUAUAAGUAGUAAUAGUAAGGGUGUUAAGGAUACUACAGUUGUACCUGGUACUACUACUCCAAAUACUACUACUCCUAGUAAUAUGAAUACUUAUAAUAUGAAUAAUAUUGAAUUUAAGAAAAGUAUUGGACCAUUUAGAAGAAAUACUAAACCAAUUAAUAAUAUAAUUAGAAGAAAUUCUAUAAAUAGAAGAAAUUUAUAUAAUCUUCAUACCCAUACUAAUACUAUUGAUGGUACUACCCUUAAUAGUACUACUAAGGUUAAUACUAGUAAUAUUACUCCUCCUAAAGUAGCUAAUACUAAUACUAAUAAUACUAAGAGUACUGUUACCUAUGUUAGUGUGGAUAAGAAUGAAAGUAAUGUAUGGAAUAAUAUGAAAAAUAGUAAUGAAUAUUUACAAUCAGUUGAUUGGGAUCCAUUUAAUCUUAAAAAUCAUUUUACAAUUAAUACUUUAGAUUUCAAUAAUCAAACUAAUGUUAAUAGAGUUAAUGGAGGAGUUGUAGAUAAUAGAGUUAUAAACGGACUUGUAGACAGUAAAGUUAUAAAUUCAAUUGUAAAUAGAGUUGUAAAUAAUAGAAUUGUAAAUGAAGUUAAUAAUGGAGUUAGUAAAGGAGUUAGUGAUGGAGAUUAUAGUAUUGAUGUAGAUGUAGAGAAUAGAGUUGAUUUUAGUAUUGAUGGAGUUAGUGAUGCAGAUAAUAGUAUUGAUCUAGAUGUAGUGAAUGGUAAAUAUGGUAAAAUAGUAUGGAGAAAUGGUUAUAAAAAUAAUAAUCCUAUAAAUCCUUGUGUUAUGAAAUCUAAUUUGCAACAAAUUGAUUCAUAUAAAUUUGGUCUCUUCAAUAAUAUCAUUACUAAUCCCAGUUCCAAUCCUAAUCACAAUUCUAAUCCUAGUUCUAGUGGUAAUUACUAUUGGAAUAAUUGGAAUAUGAAUUCCUACAAUAAUUGGAAUAUGAAUUCCAAUAAUGACAAGUGGAAUGAUAAUUGGAAUAUGAAUUUUAAUAAUAGUAUGAAUACAAUGGAUAAAUAUAUGGAUAGAAUCAAUGAUAGAUUUUCUAGUUUUGAUCAAAAAAUUGUUAAUCUUAAUAUUAAUAAUCUAACCAGUAAUAAUCUUAAUGGAAAUUUAGUCAAUAGUCAUCUUAAUAGUGGGAAUUUAACAAACGGAUUAGGGGAAACUCGUAAUUUAACUGGUUGUCAUCUUAAUAAUCGUAAUCUAACUAGUAACAAUCUUAAUAGUGGUAAUUUAACCAGUGGAUUGACCAAUGGUGGUGGAUUCGUGAAUGGAAAUAUGAAUAUUAGAAAUCCAUUUAAACGUUAUCGUAAUCAAAAAGAAAAUAUACAAAUGGAUAAAAUGACUGGAAAAGUUGGAAGAAAUAAUUUCAAUUGUUUAAAUCCAUGUUUUAAAUUGAAAACUCUUAGAUCCAAUACUUAUACAGUCAAUACUAAAUUAAAUACUGUAACUCCUCUCAAUAGUAAAUUAAAUGCUGUAACACCUGUUAGUACUAAAUUGAGUACUAGAACUCCUGUUAAUAAAUUAAAUACUGCCACUACAGUCAAUAGUAAACUAAAUUACACACCAGUAAAUAGUAAAUUAGUUAAUAAAUAUGAAGAAAAUAAUUUAAAAUAUAAUGAAAUGAGAAGAAAUAUAAAAUUAAUGGAUAGUAAUACAAUUUUUAAUGCAUUAAAUCAAUUAUCACAAGUUCAAAUAUGUUAA